CGAUGUCGCCUAUGCCUUUCAAUUUAUCACCGCAAGUUAACGAACUUGUGUGUGUGUGUGUGUGUGGUGUGUGUGUGUCGGUUUAAAGCGCUGGCCUGUGUUCCGGUGGUGUUGUAUCCCCUAUUUUGCCUGUAGGCAGGUCGGCGGCUAUUGAGAAUCGGAAAAGGGCCAGGAAUUUUACCCCUUUUAUGCUUCCGAGGGUGGAUCUCGGUCGUGUAGCUUUUUUGGGACUCAGUUGUCGGAGGAACAAAGGCAUUCCUGUGUCCGGCUCCGACAGCCAAGGCUCAUGAUCAUUUUCUAAUCCAGAAGGGAACCGAAGAUCAUCUGGUCUUUCAUCUCCUUCACUGCAUCGGUGCAGCCCAUGAAUCAGAAUUUCAAAAUGACUUCCCUCUUGACUUACACUUUAAAAAAUCUUCCCAGUACAUCAAAAUGGGCCCUCAGAUUUUGUGUGAGACCUCUGAGCAGUUCCUCCCAGCUACAGGCUGCCGCAGCUUCCCAGACUAAAUCGAAAAAAACUCUAGCCAAACCCAACAUAAGGAAUAUUGUGGUGGUGGAUGGUGUUCGCAUUCCAUUUUUGCUGUCAGGCACUUCAUAUAAAGACCUGAUGCCACAUGAUUUGGCUAGAGCAGCACUUUCGGGUUUGUUGCAUCGGACCAGUGUCCCAAAGGAUGUUGUUGAUUAUAUCAUCUUUGGCACAGUUAUACAGGAAGUGAAAACAAGCAACGUGGCUAGAGAGGCUGCCCUCGGAGCCGGCUUCUCUGACAAGACUCCUGCUCACACUGUCACCAUGGCUUGCAUCUCUUCCAACCAAGCCAUGACCACAGCUGUCGGCCUGAUUGCUUCCGGCCAGUGUGACGUGGUCGUGGCAGGUGGUGUAGAGUUAAUGUCUGACGUCCCUAUUCGCCACUCAAGGAAAAUGAGGAAAAUGAUGCUGGAUCUCAAUAAGGCCAAGACUCUGGCUCAGCGACUCUCUGUAAUCUCUAAAUUCAGGUUGAAUUUCCUAUCUCCAGAGCUUCCUGCAGUGAGUGAGUUCUCCACCAGUGAGACUAUGGGCCACUCUGCAGACCGACUGGCUGCUGCCUUUGCUAUUUCUCGGGAGGAGCAGGAUGAAUACGCACUGCGUUCUCACAGCCUGGCCAAAAGAGCACAGGAUGAAGGACUUCUUUCCGAUAUUGUGCCCUUCAAAGUACCAGGAAGAGAUACAGUUACACAAGAUAACGGCAUUCGUCCUUCCUCUCUGGAUCAGAUGGCCAAACUAAAACCUGCAUUCAUCAAGCCCUAUGGCACAGUGACAGCUGCAAAUUCUUCUUUCCUGACCGAUGGUGCAUCUGCAGUGCUGAUUAUGGCAGAGGAAAAAGCUCUGGCCAUGGGUUAUAAGCCGAAGGCAUAUCUGAGGGAUUUCAUGUACGUGUCCCAGGAUCCAAAAGAUCAGCUUUUACUUGGACCAACAUAUGCUACUCCAAAAGUUCUGGAAAAGGCAGGAUUAACAAUGAAUGAUAUUGAUGCUUUUGAAUUUCAUGAAGCUUUCUCAGGUCAGAUUUUGGCUAAUUUGAAGGCCAUGGAUUCUGAUUGGUUUGCACAAAACUACAUGGGUAGAAAAGCCAAGGUUGGAUCACCUCCUUUGGAGAAGUUUAACAACUGGGGUGGAUCACUGUCCCUGGGGCACCCGUUUGGAGCCACUGGCUGUCGGCUGGUCAUGGCAGCUGCCAACAGGUUACGGAAGGAAGGAGGCCAAUAUGGUCUGGUUGCCGCCUGUGCAGCUGGAGGGCAGGGCCAUGCUAUGAUAGUGGAAGCUUAUCCAAAAUAAUAGAUCCAGAAGAGGUGACCUGGAGUUUCUGUGCAGCACUCGGCCUAGGCAAUGCCAUUUCAAUGCACUAUUCAAUGACAUCUCUAGUUCCCAGCUCCUCUUAGGAAAGCAGAAUUUGUGGCCUUUUGUUCAAUACUUUGCAAUUAAGCCUUUCCAGUGUUCUGAGCUUUCCAAGAAUCACAGCGUACUACUCUUUCAGGGAUCCCUUAGUUACCAGAAUCUCUCACAGUGAUAAGUUCAAGCAAUUGUGUUUGGUCUCUAUUUUUAUUAAGGACUGAAUGAGUGGCUGCAGUUUUGGAAAGAGACUAGGUGAGAUUUGGGAUCACCUUUGUGGCAUUUGCAAAUUAUAACUCAUUCGUAUUUGUGACCUAACGAUAAACAUUUUCUAUAAAAUACAAAACCAGUGUGCCUAAAUUAACUUAAUUAUGGGAAAAUAGUUCAGAAUCUAAGCAUCACUGAAAAAUCUAAAUGUUUAGAUGUAUAAAUACCUUGUUAAAAGUGUUAGUUGCUCAGUCGUGUCCAACUCUGUGACCCCAUGGACUGUAGCCUGCCAGGCUCGUCUGUCCAUGGAAUUCUCCAGGCAAGAAUACUUGAGUGGGUUGCCAUUCCCUUCUCCAGAGGAUCUUCCUGAUGCAGGGAUCUAACCCGCAUCUCCUACAUGGCAUGCAGAUUCUUUACCAUCCGAGCCAACAGGGAAGCCCGUAUUGGAUAAUCUUAAUAAAGUAGAAAAGUUUGAGAA